AUGAAUAAAAUAUUAAAGAAAAAUUUUUUAGAAAAUGUUGAAUCAACAAUAAAAUGUCGUCAUCAAUUUGAAUCUGAAAUGAAUUUACUCAAAAGUGGUGUAUCAUAUACAUAUUUGUCUGGUGAAAAUUCUUUUUAUGAAAAUCGUUCAUAUGAAUCAAAUACACCAGGAGUUAUUUUACCUGAACAAAUGAUUAAUAAAUGUAGUAGUCGAAAAGAACUUUCAUAUUUUGAUCAUCAAUCAACUGUUAUUCGACUAGUAAAUAUUCUAUUAGAUAUUGGAAAAACAAUAUUAAUUGAUGAAAUUGUAAGAAUUGAUGUUAAACAUAUUAGUAAUAAUGCUCGGACAAGCCCUUCGUUAAUGACAACAUCUCGUUUGCCAAUUAAUGUUAUACAAACAAAAGAUGUUGAACAAUUUUAUGAACAAACUUUUGAAAAGAAUCAACUCGGAGUGGGUGAUCUUUUAUGA